AACCUGAACCAGAACCCGCGGACGCUGCUGCCCAAGUUCUACGGGCUGUACUGCGUGCAGGCGGGCGGCAAGAACAUCCGCAUCGUGGUGAUGAACAACCUGCUGCCGCGCUCCGUGCGCAUGCACCUCAAGUACGACCUCAAGGGCUCCACCUACAAGCGCCGCGCCUCGCCCAAGGAGCGCGACAAGGCCUUCCCCACCUUCAAGGACCUGGACUUCAUGCAGGACCUGCCCGACGGGCUCUUCCUGGACUCGGACAUGUACAACGCCCUGUGCAAGACGCUGCAGAGGGACUGCCUGGUGCUGCAGAGUUUCAAGAUCAUGGACUACAGCCUGCUGGUGGCCAUCCACAGCCUGGACCAGGCGCAGCGCGAGCGCGCGGCCGCCCUGACCCCGUUCCCUGCUCCCUUUCCCAGGAUGGGCGGAAUUCCCGCCCGGAAUUCCCGGGGGGAGCGGCUGCUGCUCUACAUCGGCAUCAUCGACGUCCUGCAGUCCUACAGGUUCGUGAAGAAGCUCGAGCACUCCUGGAAGGCCCUGGUGCACGAUGGGGACACGGUGUCCGUGCACCGGCCCAGCUUCUACGCCGAGCGCUUCCAACGCUUCAUGUGCCACACGGUGUUCCGCAGGAUCCCACUGAAGCCCUCCCCGUCCAAGAAGAGCCGCGGCGGCGGCGCCGUGCCCAGGAGGAGCUGCCAGGGCGGGAUCCCCCUCCCCAUCCCCAGCCAGCUCCCGGCCGGGGGCGACGCCCGCGCCGCGCCGGGCCCCGAGCCGGACCCCGAGCAAGGCUCCCGGCCGGACCUGCUCCCGCGCUCGGUGCCGGAGGCCGGCGGAGCUGCGGUGGCCCCGUCCCCGUCCCCGUCCCCGUCCCCCUCCAGCCCCUCCCUGGGCAGCGCCGGCGCCUCCCCCCCCAGCAGCGGAUCCCCCGGCCCCUCCCUGGCCCUGGAGCUGGAGGAGCUGCAGGAGACCGAGAUCAGCUUUUGAACACCUCGGAAUUCCGGCUGGAGCAGCCCCAGGAAUGUCCUCGGGAUUCCCCCGGAAUUCUCCUGGGAAAGCCCGGCAGGAGCGGGAUGGAAACCUCGGGAGCAGGGAGCGGGAAUUCCCAGGGAUCCCCGGAUUUUGGGAUGGAAACACGGGAGAGAAUUCCUGGAAAAUUCCCAGCGGGAAUCGGAGCCGCGCCGGUUUUUUGGUGGAAUUUUUUGGGGGGGAAUUUUGGAUUUUUAUCCCGAUUUUUUUUUUUUAAUUUCCGUAGGAUCCCAUCCCGGUUUUCAGCCCUGUGGGAAUUGUUGGGAUUGUUAAUUAUUCAUUUUUAAUUUUUAUUCAGAAAUCGGGAUUUGCUCCGGGUUUUCCACGGGAAAUCCCCUGGAAAAUUGGGAAAAAAGGAGGAGAAAUCAUGGAGAAGCUCUGGCUCCUCUUCCCUUUUCCCAGCAGGAAUUUUGGGAAGCUUUUCUCACAAUCUGGGAGGAAUUUUUGGGAUUUUUUUUUUGGAAUUUUUGGGAUUUUUUGGGGGGAAUUUUUGGGGGGUUUUGGGGGAUUUUUGGAAUCUGAGCCCAUCCCGGGAUUUCCCCCAGAUUUUUUAAGGAUUUCUCAGCUCAAAUCCCACUUUUCCAAUCCUCAAAUCCCAUUUUUUAACACCUCUGACAAUCCCACAAAAUUCCCUCAGCACAUUUUGGGAUGGAAUUAAAAAACCCCAAACCCAGAACGAAGAAUUUCCCACCUGGAUCCAUCCCAAAAAUCCCAAAAUUCCCAAACUCCCGGAGCAGCCCCCGGGCUGGGGCUGAUUUUUGCUCCAUCCUGGAUUUUUUUAUGGAAAAAUCUCCUAUUUUUUCCCCAAUUCCCGCUUGGAACGAUCCCAUUUUUUAUACAAAACCUGGAAUUUUUGUGCUGAUCCCCCCGGAUGUGGAGCAGGGAGGGAAUUCCUCCCCAGGCUCUUCCCUUUCCCAGGUUUUUUUUAGGGAAAUCUGAUUUUUCCUGCCCCAAACUCCCAGAUUUCCCCUUGGAAGGGCCUUGCCCGCAGGGAAUUCGGGGACAAUUCCCUGGAUUUCCCCUUUUCCUUGGAAUGUUUGUCUAUAUUAGACAAAAUCCCUCCAGUCCCCUUUUAUUCCCAUUUUUUAUCGGAUCAGGAGGGAAAAUUUCCCCAAUUUUUCCCCAUUUUUUCCCAAUUUUUCCCCAUUUUUUCCAAUUUUUCCCAAUUUUUCCCACUUUUUUCCAAUU